GCCGUAGUAAAACAGGAAGUCAACAGCUACCAGAUAAUUACUCAUUGAGCUCCUUUUUGUAGCUAGUCACCAAAGCCACACGUUUUCGUAGUGCAGAAACUUGUUUAGUAUUUGUUCGUUAAUUUGGUUGUAGGUAUAAUAAGCUAUACAGCUAGAAAAAAAUUGAUAGCUUUCUCGGUUACUUUGUAACCGCGUGAUACUAGCUACAGCCAGGGUUUGUCAGACAACCGGUGCUUUGCUUUUGUAACUUGCUGACGUUACUGGAGACAGCUAUCUAGCCAACUAUUCAUACAUUCCCUGCUGUGUUUAGUAUUGGUAGAACGUGUAGCCUCUUUCUGAAGGGGAAAUUAUGAAUUACUCAGAUUAUGAUUCCGAUGGCUAUUCUUCAAAUGCAGAUCAAGACUAUGUCCCAUCUGAUGACAACCUUAGUGAAGAUGACAUGAAUGAAUGUGUGAAAGAGGAUGGUCUGGAAGGGGAUGACCAGCGUGGCCAACAGUCUGAUAAUGUCACCAAGAAGAAAAAGAAGAAAGCCCAACACAUUGGCAUGAGGAAAAGAACGAAAGGAGGACUGAAGUUAGAUGAGACACUGCAUGAUGGCAGUGUGGAGGAUCAGAAAGUAGAGCAGGGGGAGGAGAGAGAGUUUUCUACUCCCAGGCCCAAGAAGAAGGAGGAGGAUGAAGAGAAAAAGAAGAAGGCAGAUGAUUUGUGGGCCAGUUUUCUGAGUGAUGUUGGUCACAAAUCCAAGCCACCUACUCCAGUGCCGCAGGCUACUACUAAACAGCAGGCUGUACCCACAGACAGUUCGAAGAAGCCUAUUUCGGCUCCAUCAGAACCUCAACAACCAGAGCUUAAAGAGCCCUCUAAAGUCACCAUCACUAAGGUGUUUGACUUUGCUGGGGAAGAGGUCCGGGUAUCCAAAGAGGUUGAUGCUGACUCCAAGGAGGCCAAGAGCUUUCUGAAGGCCAAGGAGGAGACGCCAUAUGUACAGACUGUACCCAGAAGAUUUGAGCCCUCCUCCCUUGCCCCUGGACUGAGUGUCAAGAGGCCUGUAGGGAUGGGCAGCAUCCUGAACCGCCUCGGGGGAAAGAAACAGAAGAUGAGCACGUUAGAGAAGUCUAAGAUGGACUGGAACGCAUUCAAAGAUGAGGAAGGCAUCGGGGACGAGCUGGCCAUCCACAACCGCGGCAAAGAGGGGCUUGGGAGAGGCGAAGGUCGAAUCAUGCGUCCUCUGAAACAUGACCCGCCAAGCCGCGCUCCUUAACACCUGCACGCUUAACCCGGAAGCCAGCCGCACCCUGUUCAACUGACAACCGAAGUCACCCGGCCCGCCACAAGGAGUCGCUAGAGCGUGAUGAGCCAAGUAAAGCCCCCCCCCGGCCUAACCUGGACGACGCUGAGCCAAUUGUGUGCCGCCCUAUGGGAUUCCCGGUCAAGGCCGGUUGUGACACAGCCUGAGGUCGACCCGGGUCUGUAGUGAUGCGAUGCAGUGCCUUAGACCGCCGCGCCGCUCGGGAAGCCAGAGAAAUUAACAUUCAGUUCUCUGGCAGCAACUCUGGUGGAAAUUCCUGCAGUCAGCAUGUCAUUUGCACGCUCCCUCAACUUGAGACACAUGGGACCAACACUUUACAUGUUGCGUUUAUGUUGUCCUUCAGUAUAGUAUGAUAUGUUAUGUUUCGUAUGGUAUGUAUUAAUUUGUGGACGGCCAUCAUCCAUUUGACACGUUACGAAUUGUAAUUUGUAUAUGUUAGUAAUUUCAAUUCGUACGAUACGUUAUGAAUUUCUAUGACAUAUGAUAUAUUACGAAUUCCAAUUUGGUGUCACUAAGGUAAGCUAGGAGGCUAACGUUAAUGUUAGCUAGGUGGCUAAAGUUAGCUAGGCUAGGGGUUAAGGUUAUGGUUAGGAGUUAUGUUAAAGGGGUAGGGUUAUGGGAAUGGUUAGCUAACAUGCUAAGUAGUUUCUAAGUAGCUAAAAAGUAGUAAGUAGUUGCAAAGUUGGUAAUUAGCUAAAAUGUUAAAGUUGUCCAUGAUGAGAUUGGAACACUGAACCUUUGGUUGUUAGACAUUUGCGUUAUACGCCCAUCCUUCCACUCCGACCAACCACCCUCAUUUUUGUCUUAAAACCUUUUACUGCAGUGGGCUAAAUCAGGGUCACACAGAGUUUCUCUUGAACAAAUCUACUUUGAAAGAAACGUGUACACCUCACACACAUGAUUAUGGGCUUUAAAAAAGAUAAGACCUGUACCAUGUCAGAUAUAGUAUUCAAUUUUGAGUUUUUUGACAUCGUUUUCUUCCCCCUCAUCAAUCUACAUGCAAAUGUAUAAAAUAAAAUAAACUGAAAUAUCAGACCCUUGAUGCAGUACUUUGUUGAAGCACCUUUGGCAGCGAUUACAGACUUGAGUCUUCUUGGGUAUGACGCUACAAGCUUGGCACACCUGUAUUUGGGAAGUUUCUCCCAUUCUUCUCUGCAGAUCCUCUCAAGCUCUGUCAGGUUGGAUGGGGGGGCGUGUCUGCACAGCUAUUUUCAGGUCUCUGCAGAGAUGUUAUGUCGGAUUCAAGUCUGGGUUCUGGCUGGGCCACUCAAGAACAUUCAGAGACUUGUCCCGAAGCCACUCCUGUGUUGUCUUGGCUGUGUGCUUAGGGGUCGUUGUCUAGUUGGAAGGUGAACCUUUGCCCCAGUCUGAGAUCCUGAGCGCUCUGGAGAAGGUUUUCAUCAAGGAUCUCUUUGUACUUUGCUCUGUUCAUCUUUCCCAUAAUCCUGAUUAGUCUCCCAGUCCCUGCCGCUGAAAAACAACCCCACAGCAUAAUGCUGCCACCACCAUGCUUCACCGUAGGGAUGGUGUCAGGUUUCCUCCAGACGUGACGCUUGGCAUUCAGGGCAAAAAGUUCAAUCUUGGUUUCAUCAGGCCAGAGAAUCUUGUUUCUCACUGUUUAGAAGUCCUUCAGGUGCCUUUUGGCUAACUAAGCGGGCUAUCAUGUGCCUUUUACUGAGGAGUGGCUUCCGUCUGGCCACUCUACCAUAAAGGCCUGAUUGGUGGAGUGCUGCAGAGAUGGUUGUCUCUCUGGAAGGUUCUCCCAUCUCCACAGAGGAGCUCUGGAUCUCCGUCAGAGUGACCAUCGGAUUCUUGGUCACCUCCCUGACCAAGGCCCUUCUCCCCCGAUUGCUCAGUUUGGCCAGACGGCCAGCACUAGGAAGAGUCUUGGUGGUUCCAAACCUCUUCCAUUUCAGAAUGUUGUGGAGGCCGCUGUGUUCUUGGGUACCUUCAAUGCUGCAGAAAUGUUUUGGUACCCUUCCCCAGAAAUGUGGUUCAACACAAUCCUGUCUCUGAGCUCUAAUCACAAUUCCUUUGACCUCAUGGCUUGGUUUUUGCUCUGACAUGCACUGUCAACUGUGGGACCUUUAUAUAGACAGGUGUAUGCUUUUCUAAAUCAUGUCCAAUCAUUUGAAUUGACCGCAGGUGGACUCCAAUCAAUUUGUAGAAACAUCUCAAGGACGAUCAAUGGAAACAGGAUGCACCUGAGCUGAUUUUCGUGUCUCAUAGCAAAGGGUCUGAAUGCUUAUGUAAAUAAAGUAUUUUAUUUAUUUUUUAAAUAAAUUAGCAAAAAUGUAUACAAACCUAUUUUUGCUUUGUCAUUAUGGGGUAUUGUGUGUAGAUUAAUGAGGAAAAAAGUUAUUUAAUCAAUUUUAGAAUAAGGCUGUAACGUAACAAAAUGUGGAAAAGGGGAAGGGGUCUGAAUACUUUCCGAAUGCACAGUAUACAUUACAGAAGACUGAAAUAUAACAAAACCGUUUGACAUACAAACACCAGAUUUUCGGCAAGUGUUUUGAAAUAAUGUUUUUUAAUUAUGAAAAAUAUUAAUUACAUUUCACCUCAUGAGGCCACUAGAGGGUGAUUUGGUCAUUUGACUGCAGUGAAGGGGUUUAAAACCUCUACAGGAUCGGUGUCCAUCCCAUGGGAUGGUUAAGCUAAUGUAACAGUAUAACUUUAAACCGUCCCCUCGCCCAUACCCGGGCGCGAACCAGGGACCUUCUGCACAUAUCAACAACAGUCACCCACGAAGCAUCGUUACCCAUCGCUCCUCAAAAGCCGCGGCCCUUGCAGAGCAAGGUGCAACACUACUUCUAGGUUUCAGAGCAAGUGACGUAACUGAUUGAAACGCUAGUAGCGCGUACCCGCUAACUAGCUAGCCAUUUCACAUCCGUUACACUCACCCCCCUUUCAACCUCCUCCUUUUCCACAGCAACCAGUGAUCCGGGUCAACAGCAUCAAUGUAACAGUAUAACUUUAGGACGUCCCCUCGCCCUGACACGGGCGCGAACCAGGGACCCUCUGCACACAUCAACAACUGACACCCACGAAGCGUCGUUACCCAUCGCUCCACAAAAGCUGCGGCCCUUGCAGAGCAAACACUACUUCUAGGUUUCAGAGCAAGUGACGUAACUGAUUGAAACGCUAGUAGCGCGUACCCUCUAACUAGCUAGCCAUUUCACAUCCGUUACACUAACAUAGGCUAAUGUGAUUAGCAUGAGGUUGUAAGUAAGAUGCAAAUUUCCCAUGACAUAGAUAUAUCUGAUAUGGGCAGAAAGCUUAAAUUCUUGUUAAUCUAACUGCACUGUCCAAUUUACAGUAGCUGUUACAGUGAAAUAAUACCAUGCUAUUGUUUGAGGAGAGUGCACAAUUAUGAACUUGAAAAUGUAUUAAUAAACCCAUUAGGCACAUUUGGACAGUCUUGGUACACAUUUUUGAACAUAUAUGCAAUGGUUCAUUGGAUCAGUCUAAAAUUUUGCACAUACACUGCUGCCAUCUAGUGGCCAAAAUGUAAAUGGUGCCUGGGUUGGAAUAAUACAUUAUGGCCUUUCUCUUGCAUUUCAAAAACACAUUCUUUUUUUUGUAUUAUCUUUUUCCAUAUCUAAUGUGUUAUAUUCUCCUACAUUAAUUUCACAUUUCCACAAACUUCAAAGUGUUCCCUUUCAAAUGGUAUCAGGAAUAUGCACAUUCUUGCUUCAGGUCCUGAGCUGCAGGCAGUUAGAUUUGGGUAUGUCAUUUUAGGUGAAAAUUGGGGGAAAAGGGGCGGUUCCUUUAAGAGGUUUUAAGUAAUCUACUGUCUUAUGUAACCAUACCAAACGUAACAUAUCAUACUAAUUUCAGUGUCCUGGCUUUACAUGAGACCAGGAUGACACAUGGAAUGUUCGGCAAGCAGUGAUUCUGAGUAGGGUUGCAAAGGGUCGAACACUUUCCGGUAAAUUUCCAGAAAUCUUCCAUGGGAAGUUAAGCCCUGGAAUUUUGCUUAAAUUCAUAAAGCAAUUCUAGGUCUUGUGGCAUAUUUUGGUUAAACUAUCCACAAUUCAAUGGAAUUGCAACCCUCUGCAUGCACAGUGCAUUCUUCCAUCACAUGUCCAGCUGAUUCUCAAGAUAUUGCACACUAUGAGAUGCUAUUGAGCCCACACUACUACACUGUCUGAGCCAAGGACUACAUGCGUUCUAGUAAGUUUUGAUUACAAUACUGGGUGGGGUGAAUAUAUUUUAUAUGACAUAGAUGAUUUUUUUGUUAACUAGUAAAUAGUAGCCUACAGCAAAGUGUGUUUAAAUCAUUUCUAAAUUGUUAACCAUUUUUGUAGUUAGUUUUUGCUACCAUGUGGGUUUUAGCUUGCUUGAGCCUGCUAACUGAGGAGUGUUAAUUCACCUGUUUCCAUACAUGUUUAAUGUUAAAACAUGUAUCUUACAAAGGAGUUGUUUAAUCUAACUGCUUAACUAUUUAUCUGGAAUUGGAUUUGUUUUUUUUGGUCAUUUCUUUCUAAUCUUUACAGGAAAAUGCCACGGGCGCUAUCUGAUGUGUGGAGACAUUUCACUGCAGCUAAUGUAGAAGGAAAAGCUGUGUACAUUUGCAAAUACUGUGCCAAAUCAUAUGUGUAGAAUGUAACAAAGAUGCCGAAUCAUCUGGCCAAGUGCAUAACGUUCCCUCAGCGCUCACAACAAGCAACCUCUGACAAAAGUCCUUAUCGAUAAUAACAGCUCAUGGUUCUCUUGGAAUCAGAAGGUUUUUUGACUCAAUGGAGGAACGUAGUCAAGAGAAAUGCUGAUGAAUGUCUUGCUCGAGCUGUGUAUGCAACUGGUUCACCUCUGAUGCUCACAGGCAAUGUGUAUUGGAAAAUAUUUCUGAAUGUUCUUCGCCCAGCCUACACCCCUCCAACCAGACAUGCUUUAUCUACUAAUUUGCUGGAUGCAGAGUUCAACAGAGUUCAAGUGAAGAUCAAGCAAAUCAUAGAGAAAGCAGACUGUAUUGCAAUCAUCUCUGAUGGGUGGUCAAAUGUUCGUGGGCAAGGAAUAAUUAACUACAUCAUCUCCACCCCUCAACCAGUAUUCUACAGGAGCACAGACACAAGGACAACAGACACACCAGUCUCUACAUUGCAGAUGAGCUGAAGGCAGUCAUCAAUGACCUUGGACCACAGAAGGUAUUUGCACCGGUGACAGACAAUGCUGUGAACAUGAAGGCUGCUUGGUCUAAAGUGGAGGAGUCCUACCCUCACAUCACACCAAAGCACAAUGCAUUGCAUCUGCUCCUCAAGGAUGUCAUUGCACUGAAAAAAAUGGAUACACUCUACAAGAGAGCCAAGGAAAUGGUUAGGUAUGUGAAGGGUCAUCAAGUUAUAACAGCAAUCUACCUCACCAAGCAAAGUGAGAAGAAUAAGAGCACCACAUUGAAGCUACCCAGCAACACCCGUUGAGGUGGUGUUGUCAUCAUGUUUGACAGUGUUCUGGAGGGGAAGGAGUCUCCAAGAAAUGGCCAUAUCAUACUCUGCCGAUAUGGCCAGCCCCAUCAAGCGGAUCCUCCUGGAUGAUGUAUUUUGGGAGACAGUGGUAAGCAGCCUGAAACUCCUGAAACUUAUAGCAGUAGCCAUUGCACAGAUUGAGGGAGACAAUGCCAUCCUGUCUGAUGUUCAGACUCUGCAUGCAGAUGUAAUAGAAGAAAUCCGUACUGCCCUGCCCACUUCACUGUUGCUCCAAGCAGAGGAAAUUGCAGUUCUGAAAAGUGUGAAGACUUCUGCCUGAAGCCCAUACAUGCCGCAGCGUACAUGUUGGACCCCAAGUAUGCUGGCAAAAGCAUCCUGUCUGGUGCAGAGAUCAACAAGGCCUAUGUUGUCAUCACUACUGUGUCUCGCCACUUUGGCCUGGAUGAGUGCAAGGUUCUUGGCAGUCUGGCGACGUACAAUUCCAAGCAAGGGCUUUGGGAUGGAGAUGCAAUAUGGCAGUCGUGCCAACAUAUCUCAUCAGCCACCUGGUGGAAGGGACUUUGUGGAUCUGAGGCUCUUUCCCCUGUUGCCUCAAUCAUCCUCCAAAUCCCAUCAACAUCAGCCGCCUCAGAGCGCAACUGGCCCUUGUUUGGGAACACACACACCAAAGCACGCAACAGGCUGACCAGUACAAGGGUUGGGAAAGUGGUGGCUAUCGGGGAAAAUUUGAGGAUUUUUGAGCCUGACAACGAGCCGUCCUCAACAAGGUUGGAAAGAGACAGUGAAGAUGAGGCCUCACACUCUGAUGUUCAAGAGGUGUACAUUGAGGAGGUCCAGGGAGAAGACAUGGAAGCCUGAGAGGAAGACAACCAAAGCUUUAGUUUCUAGACUAUCAUUUUACAGAUGUAUGUAGAAAAUGUUUUUGGGAGAUGCGAUGAAUCAUUGGGUAUCAUUCAAUAUUCCCCUUUGUGGUUCAGUGAAAUCAUCCCAUCUGAAGAGUCAACUCAUUUAAUUGAAGUUCAAUUCGUAACUAAAACAAUUUUUUUUCUAUUGGAGGUAUUUAAUCAUUUGCAAUUAUGUCUACUUAUGAUGAGGUAAAAGGUUUAUGUUUCUGUCUCUUUAUGAUAUGGCAAAUAUAUCCAAUGCAAAAAACAUCUUCAUUUAAAUGGUAUUAAUAUUAAUUUGCAUAUAUUUCCCAUAUAUUCCCACGGAAAGUUUCCACCUCCUGAAUAUUCCCCAAAAUGUGCAAACCUAAUUCUGAGUGAUGAUGUUUUACCCUGGUGCACCAUUUGCAACCCCCUGACUACUUUUUGCUUUUGCAUGGCGACUUCAGAUUUUCUGUGAACACACUGAAAAGUAACUUGACACUGUGUUGAUUAGUCAGCACAAAUUUGGUUUAUAAAAAUGACAAGACAGCAGGAGAAAGAGUUCAUGCCGAUGCUGGAAUUUAUUCUAAACAUGCUCGAAACAGCAAUUCUGUUAUUCGUGUCUCGCAAAUUGAUGCUAGCACAACUGAAGUUAUGUUUACAUGUGCUCUUAGGGUUCAACCAUUUACUAUAUGCAGUUCAUAACUAGCUUACUGUUUUUUAAGAAAACAAUUUGUUUUCUCGGCUAUGGUUUGUGUGGUCUUGGUUGCUCUUCGAGUAAAUUUAGCGUAGCUAAUUGCAGUAUCCUGUCUGAAGUCAGGAUACCUUAUCUUACCAUAACUUGGUCUGUGCAAUGCAAAUUAAUGUGAAGUAGGGUGGCUGUUAACCAAAGUUCUGUGAUUUUAAACUUAAUGUAACUAUUUAUAUUUUGUGUAAGAAAGUAUGCUAUUUGGUGGUGCAUGAACUAUCCAUACACGUUAGCCAACGUAAGAUUGUAAUGCUAACUAAGGUUACCUAUCAUAGCAGACAGAUGUUCGCUAGUUUAUUUGUGCAUAUUUGUUUGUGCUCCGAUUACACGAGAUCAGCAGUUUACACACGAUGACUUAAACCUUAUUUGGCGAAAUAUAGUUAGUUAGCUUCCCUUGCUUGUUGGUUAGCUUCCUAGCCAACGUUAACUCUCAUCUGACUGGUAUAACGUUACGUUAUUUAGAUACCUAGCUAAUCAAAACAAAACCACAUUCAUUGGCUAGCUACCUUUUAUUUGGCUGUUCGUUAGCUAGCUAGCUUUCAGCUGACUCGUGUCAGCUAGCUACAGAGGCUAGCUGCUGAACUUUGUACAAGCAAGCUAACAUUAGCUAGAUAGCUAAAGUUACAUAGCUAAUCUAAAUAUCUGUUUACAUUUAUUGAUUAACCUCAGCUUGAAUAUCAUCAUAUAGCUAGCUAUAUACAGUAACCUAGGUUUGUUCGCAUACACUUCUUUACUGGCAGCAUGGUGUAAGCAGCUGUGUUGUUGCCGAGCAACCAACCUGGUGUUAGAAUUCUGAGAUUCGGCUGAAAUUUUUUUUUGCAUUGUCAGAGAUGCUACAAAAAGGCAGCACGUCGUUGUUUCUUAACGACGGAAAUGUGCACAUGAGAGCGAUAAGUUAUACAUUUAAUAAAAACCGUUGCACCUCCACAUUUUGUCAGUCCAGCAUUUUUUUUAUGUCCAAUGCUCACUUUAUGGAUGCUAUAGUUUUAAUCCGACAUCUAGAAUUUGAGCUAGGUAAGCGCAAGUAAUACUCUUAAAAAUCAAUUGCUAUCAACCCUGUUAAGAAAUCCGCUAUGUGGUUCUCGGCAGCGGCUGGAUGGCUCAUGAGAGGCGGGGAGUGUGUUGUGUACCUCCAAUCGAGUUGAUUUGAUCAUUUUCAUUGAGAUUUUUGUGAUAUUUGUUUAGAUAUGAUGGAUGGAAGAUUUGAAUUUAACACUUGAGUUUCAAUCAUUGAAUUUAACACUUGAGUUUCAAUCAAUGCCUAUAAUCCACCCUGCCUGACCUGUAGCUAUGGAGCAGCUGUCCAUCUGCAUGCCUGCUCAGAAUAACAGCAUCACCUGACAUCCAGGGGUUUCAAUGGCGCUCAUCUCCCUGCCUGCCUGCCUCUCUUCUCCCAGAACAGGAUUUUCUCUCUGCUGUCAGAGAGGCCCUGCAGUGGCAUUAUUCUUUCCUAAAGGUUACUGUUGAACAGAUGAAUAAUUGAACA